AGGUUCUCCAAGUUUUCUUAUGUCCAUGGCUUGAUUUUAUAUGUCAAAUGUGAUCGAAUGUUUCAACGCAAAUACUGAUCAUGCCUGGAUGGCAGCGAGUUGAAGUGCUGUUGAUUAUUGAAAUCUAACCGGCUGGUUGAUGAUCAUUUGCUAUCAAAUACAUUGUUUUAAGAAUUCCUUCAACAAAGAGUUCUACUAAUAACUUAAUCUCCCUUUUAUGCUGACAACGGAAGAAACUAUGUAGUUGCAAUGGUUGCAAACACGAGAGACUGGGUUGAUAUGACUGGGUCCAUAUAUCAUGAACGACAAGUGAAGGAGCUAUGUGCAUUACAUGCUCUAAAUAAUCUGUUUCAAGAACGUGGAUUUAGCAAGCAAGAAUUAGAUCAAAUUUGUUAUAGCUUAAGUCCUGAUGUAUGGAUCAAUCCACAUAAAUCAUUACUAGGACUUGGCAAUUAUGACAUUAAUGUUAUUAUGGCUGCUCUUCAAAGAAGAGGACAUGAAGCUGUCUGGUUUGAUAAACGUAGGGAUCCCAAGUGUCUUCGCUUAGAUAACAUCGAGGGUUUUAUACUUAAUGUUCCAACUGAAUACAAAUUGGGUUUUGUAUUACUUCCUUUAAAGCGACGCCAUUGGAUUGCUCUGAAAAAGAUACAUGGUGCCUUUUAUAAUCUUGAUUCAAAACUGGAUUCACCACAAUUGAUAGGAAAGGACAGCGAUUUACUCAUAUAUCUAAAGGAUCAGAUAGAUAGUAAGGAAAAGGAAUUAUUCCUUGUUGUUUCUAGAGAAAUCGACAGCAAUCAAGGAUGGUUGAUAGAUACAAGUGAAAAUAAAAAUGACAAUAACAUGGAUCAUGAUUCCAUUAGAUAUAUCGAGGAUGGAUAUCCAGAUAUAGAUUUAAAAAAAUCAGAAUCUAAAGAAAUGAACGAAAAUGAAGAAUUUUUAGAUAACAAAAAUUCUAGAUAAUUGGAGUCAUAUGCACCAUUCCAUUUAAUUAUUUAUUUAUUCGUCCUCUGAUUGUAAAUUUAAGGAAGGACAAUUGAUUAUUAUAAGAAAUAGCUGAAAAUUAUAAAAA